ACCAAACGAGAUGGCCCGUCACUUUAUGGCAGUGUGUGUCGUGUGUCUGCUCUGUGCAGAUCAUGUGCCCUGUAAGCAACAUUUUUCCGACACCGAUCGUAGUUCGAAAUCGUCCGAUACCGCUGGUCGGUCGGAUACGAUGCGCGAGGUACGGUCACUGAUUGGUGAUCUACAGUACGAACCGACGACGAUCGCCAAGAGUUACGAAGCAUUAGCGACUGCCGGCGACUGGAGGAAUAGUGAUGCCCAUCGGAUAGUGAAGCGCCAUCAUAGUCACCACCACAACCACCACGAUGACCACGACGAGGAGGAGCAGGACACGGAUGAGACACAAACCGAGUUUGAUCGUUUGAUGAAGGACAAGAUGGAUCAGGCGAUGAGGAAAAUUUUCACCGAAUACGGCAAUCCGGCAUCGAUGACGAUGGAUGUGCACGGGUUCGAACGGAUGAUGCGUCAAUUGGGUAUGUUUCGACUGAUACCGGGAGCAGCAGCAACAGCUGACAGUGAACAUAAAGUUGUGGAUGGUAGUGGUGGCGAGGCGGAAGCGAGCGAGUCGCCGGUGCGGAUAGAUUCUCUAAAGUGCAUUAGCAGUAAUGAAUUUCUACGGCGCGUUACACCACCGAUGAUACGGUCCCAGGAAUGGGAAGAUGCAGCUAAAAGUGAUAAAAGUAGUAGCGCCGGGGUGGAAACAGCAGGCAGCAAUAGCACGGUAAACGGUGACGCUACGGAGAACGCAGCAAAACUUAUUUUAUCAAACGAUAAUAUACAAAACGUUAGCAUAAGCAACAGUACCACUAAUAGUAAUAGCAGUAGUACCAGUAGUAAUAGUAACAACAGCAGCAACACCAGCGGCAGUAGUUAUAAAAAUAGCAACGGCAGUAGUACUGACGAUCAGCUGCUUGUGCAAAUUGCGAUACACGAGGAAAAGAACAAUGGUAGCACAAGCAACGAAAGUUCCGUUCGUGUAGAGUCAACGCUUAUGUUAGGUGAUCGCGAUCUUUACAACGUGUGUCCUAUGCUGCUGGGCCAUUUGCUAUCCAACCUGCCGCAGGAACGGUCCGGUUGCUUCGGCGAGGAAAGCGUUCCACCGCUACAGGUGAGCAGUCUGCUAGAGCAAAACGAUCCUCACCAUCACCAUCAUAAUCAUCAUCAUCAUCACCAUCACGACGGUGAUUCGUCUGAGGCGGCCGUAUGGAUCUACUCGUCGAUCGCAAUAUUGGGCGUCAGCUUGUGCGGAUUGCUUGGUGUGGUGGUGAUACCGUGCAUGGAAAAACAUUUCUACCAUCACGUGCUACAGUUCCUGGUAGCGUUAGCCAUCGGGACGCUGUGUGGUGAUGCGCUGUUGCAUCUACUUCCGCACGCGAUGCUGUCCUCGCUGGAGAACUCUAAAGCGGCACACGAUUCAAUGAUGUACAAGGGCCUAGCGGCGGUGCUCGGUAUCGUGUUCUUUUACUUUAUGGAACGUUUCCUGACGGUGAUUGCGGAAUGGUGCAAAACGCGCCAGAAGAAGGAUAAGCCUCCGUCGCGGGUGCGUGUGAUGCGUGAUCCGGAAUCGACCUCGCUGCACGCAUCGAGUGCUGGGGAGAAACAGUGCAAGCACAAGUACAGCUCCUACCCUUACUGUUACGAUGAGAUCGCAAUGGACACGAAGGACGAUCAUCACGAGCACAACAAUACGGGCACGAACGAAAAUCACAACAGUGCGCUGACCAAAUGCGCUAACCAUCAUCACAACGGGGAGCUAGCUGCGGACCACAGUACCGAGUACGCGGCGCUAAACAAUCAUCAGCAGCAGCCAAACCACACGCAAAGCAACCAUCAAUCGCUGCGGGAGGAAACGAUCGAUAAUAACACGGUGUCGACUAAUCUAGAUGAAGCGGGAUCGAUCGAGAGUGAGCAGGCGAACAAUCAUCAUCAUCAUCAUCGCAGUGGUGGUCGGCAUGGUAGUAAGUCAUCGGAACAGACAUCGAGUGGGAAACUGCGUCCGGAAAGCUAUACCAUCAUCCUGCGCGAACACGAAACCAAGCACCAUGGACAUUCGCAUACGCACGGACACGUCCAUUCGCCGCCCGGGUCGCUCUCUGCGGUCGCCUGGAUGGUGGUGAUGGGUGACGGAUUGCACAACUUCACCGAUGGCAUGACGAUUGGGGCAGCAUUUGCGAAUAAUAUUGCCGGAGGCUUUUCGACCGCUAUUGCCGUGUUUUGUCACGAGUUGCCGCACGAGCUCGGUGACUUUGCGGUACUGCUGAAGGCGGGCAUGUCGGCAAGAGAGGCGGUGUACUAUAAUUUGCUAUCCUCCCUGCUUAGUCUGCUCGGUAUGGUGGUGGGGAUUAUUGUUGGCCACCAGCCGGAAGCAUCCGGAUGGGUGUUUGCCGUAGCGGCUGGCAUGUUCCUUUACAUCGCGAUGGUGGAUAUGAUCCCGGAACUGACAUCAUCCCACGGAGCAGAAGAACGGUGCAAAACAUCCGAAUUUGUGUUGCAAUUCCUUGGGCUAACCCUUGGGUUCAGCAUCAUGAUGGUAAUAGCUAUGUACGAGCACGAUCUGAUGCUGCUGUUUGUCGAUUAA